AAGAGAGAGAAAACAAGAGAGAGUGAUGUCAUCAUCUUAAGUGAGAGAGUGUAGGAGACGAGUCGACUCACUCACUCUCUAUCUCCUCCGCGUUAAAGCCAGCUGGUCUCUCCUGUGGAUUCCUUGGUGGCGUGCAUUGUGGAGCUUUUGGGUCCCAUUUUUCUUUCUCUCUCCUCCAAAUAAUAUUUUUAAUUUUUUUAUUUAAUUUUCCUUUUUUUUUGUAGGAAUUAUUUAAUUUUCCUUUUUUCUUUUUCUUUUUACUAUUUAUUAUUCCCACCUUCUUCACUCUGCCUUUCCUCGUGCCCCCAUUCCUUAACUCACUACACUCUCUCUUUUUUCUCCCCCCCCCCAAAAAAAAAAAAACAAUUGUUUUCUUGUAUAGUUGAAUUUUAAUUUUUAUAAAUUCUACAAAAUUACUCACCAAGAUUAAAUUUUGAUGAACACCCAAUUCAAUUGGGUGUGAGAUUCGAUCUGGGUUUCAAUUUUUUUUUUUUUUAAAAAAAGCGAAAUUUAAUUUUGGAUGGCAAAAACAGGGGUAGUUUCAGAGGGAGAUACAAUUAGGGUAAAUGAGUUGAAAAAAGAGCUUAGAUUAUUAGUUAAAACUAUAUUAGAAGAAGAAGAUCACAUUAAUCAUCUUAAUUAUAAUGAUAGUAAUGAUGAUUAUUGUGUUUCAAAUUCAAGUAAUUCGUCUUCUUCAUCUGUUGUUGACGCCAUUGAUAAAGCAAAAGAUGUUCUUUCUGCUUUAAAAGAGGCUAAAUUGAAGAAAACGACGUCGUCUUUGCGUUUACAUGAUGGGUCUUUCUCUUCUUGUCCUUCUGAGUUUCGUUGUCCUCUCUCUAAACAACUCAUGCGAGAUCCUGUUAUCAUCUCUACUGGCCAGACUUAUGACAGACCGUUCAUCCAGAAGUGGCUGAAAGCAGGACAUAGGGUAUGUCCAAUUACGCAACAAGUACUCUCACACUCGCUCCUAACAACAAAUUUUUUGGUUAGGGAAAUGAUCAAUCAAUGGUGUGAAAGCCGGGGGAUAGAGAAUCCCGAAACUGUUGGGUAUGUAAAUGAGGAAGGAGCCACUGAGGCUGAUCGAGACUAUUUUUCUGCUUUGCUUGAUAAAAUGUCCAAGUCCAUUGGGGAGCAAAAGGCAGCAGCCAAAGAACUCCGACUCCUUACCAAGCGGAUGCCCUCAUUUCGUGCACUUUUUGGUGAAUCAACUGAGGCUAUACCUCGGUUGUUAAAACCCUUGACACAAAGGCGAGGAUCCUUUUCAUCAGGGAGUAAUGAGAUGACUCUCCCUGAUCUCCAAGAGGACUUGAUUACAACUCUAUUGAACAUAUCGAUCCAUGAUAGCAACAAGAAGGUUGUUGCAGAGUCACCUAUGGUGAUUACAAUACUAGUAGAUGCAUUACAAUGUGGAACACCGGAAACAAGGAGCAAUGCAGCUGCGGCCCUCUUCACACUGUCUGCCCUUGACUCGAACAAGGUCCUAAUCGGGAAAUCUGGUGCAUUAAAACCUUUGAUAGAACUUUUAGACGAAGGACAUCCAAUGGCAGUGAAGGAUGCUGCCUCGGCUAUAUUCAACCUAUGCAUUAUUAAAGAAAAUAAGACAAUGGUCGUCCGUGAAGGAGCAGUUCAGGUGAUUUUCAAGAAGAUCAAGAAUGGGGUACUCAUCGAUGAGUUGUUGGCAAUUCUAGCAAUGCUAUCAACUCAUCAAAGGGCCGUGGAGGAGCUGUCUGAUCUCGGGGCAGUCCCAUGUUUACUAAGCAUAAUGAGGGAAAGCUCUUGUGCUCGAAACAGGGAGAAUUGCAUCGCCAUCCUCUAUACAAUAUGCGUGAAUGAUAGGUCUAAGUUGAGAGAGUUGCGCGAAGAGGAGCGCGUGUAUGGGACAUUGUCACAGCUUGCACAAGACGGGACUUCAAGGGCCAAGAGAAAAGCUAGUGGCAUACUUGAUAGAUUAAACAGAGCUUUUAAUCACACCCACACUCAUACUGCUUGAUCAUUAGACCAUAAAACAAUACCAAACUCAACAACUUGUAUGUAAAUUUUGUACCUUCUCCUAAAAUCUUUGGUUUUUCACCUUUUUUUUUUUUUUUUUUUUUUCUUUGUAAAUUCUUGGAUUUCUUUCUUGUUUUUUGGGUUUUUAUUUUUAAUCUUAGGUUAAGCAAUGAGCUAUAUAAUCUGUGAAUAAAAUAAAGAAACAAAUAAGAGAGUAUUAUGUCUACAAAAACUAAAUAUCUCUGACAAGGUAGCACUAUUUAUGUUUUAUGUGGCAGUUUUGGUUUACUCCUUUGUAUUUUUCCUUUGAAGUAGCUAAAUAUUGAAUAUUGACAGUUGUCCUUUUGUUCUAUCUAUAAACAAGUGUACCUCAUUUAAGCAUUCUUGAGGGUUUUU